AUGCUUCUAGCUGCUGGUUCUCCUGAACAAACGCAAGUGAUUGAUGUCUUUCCUGAGGAUGUCAUUGAUGCAGGUAGCUCACCUGAUUCUUUCACUAUUGCUGAGAUAAAUACCUCAGAUAAGAGAGACACACUUGACUCUGAACAUUCGGAUACCAUACCAAUAAUUACCCAUGGAAAUACAAACACACAUAUAUUCAACACUGAAAAUAUAAAAGAUAACAUAGUUGUUUCUGUAAACUCUGAAAACAUAGAGGACAUAACCACACUCCAACGUCAACAUUUAGAUACCUUGGACUCCCCGGAACCUGAAAAUUCAAGCAUACCACCAGAAUUCAAUGCACAAAAGCUGGACAAUACCCACAAGUUAAACCUUGAAAACUCACAGCAAUAUUGCACUGAAAACAUUGACAGGACAGACCUACUCACAUCUGAAUGCAUCACACACACCAUGAAUACUGAAGUGGCAGAUGACUCACAGACAUUCAAAACUAACCACCCAGAUUUCUUACACACUCCUGACACUGAAAACACAGCUGAGCUGGACACCACUUGCCCUGACCAACAGAUUGUUGAUGGUAGUGACUUUUGUGUUGAACCAAUAAGUGACGGUGUCAGCACACAGCCUCAGGAAAAACCUUCCAUGCAUGGCGACCCUUCAGAGUUAAGCAGUGAAAACACUCCUGCCCUGGACAGCUGUUCUCUAGACACUCGGUCAGGUUCUGUUAGUGUAUGUGCUGAAGACCAGGAUGUCUUAACCACACCAGUUAGCCUCCCCCUCCUCCUCACCUGUGCAGGUGACCAGCUGAGUGACAUGGGAGGAGCCCCAGGUCAGACCUGCUCAGCCAAUCACACACCGGCUCAGUUGGAAGUGAACCAGGGGGAGGGAGAGGCACUCACACUCACCCAGGCGAGUAUUGAGAAGGUAACUCAAGCCCAGCGCGAUGGCAGCUCACCGACGGAGGGAACCACGCGACAGUUGAUGGAGGAAAACAACGUGGCGGUUUUACCCGAAUAUGAGAGCCUGGAUCUCGAUCCACAGGGCACCAUGGAAGUUCAGAGCGCGGGGCCCAUCUCUGUAGCCAUGGUGUCCACAGAGCCCUUGAGAGCAGUGUUCCAGGCGCUGGAUCAGGAUGGGGAUGGAUUUGUACGCAUGGAGGAGUUCCUGGAGUUUGCUGCUGCAUAUGGAGCUGAACAGGUGAAGGACCUGACUCGGUUUCUGGACCCCAGUGGACUGGGUGUCAUUAGCUUUGAGGAUUUCCACCGCGGGAUCACAGCCAUCAGCAAUGGAGGUUCCGAUCCAGACCUCUACAGACUGGAACUCAAUGCUACAGACGCUGGUGUACCAGCAGAGGAGUAUGAUGAGCAGGCAGAGGUGUCGGACAGUGUGUACCUGGGUUCUGAGAGUGCCUACAGUGAGUGCGAGACGUUCACAGAUGAGGACACAGGCGCGCUCGCUCCCCCCGAGCUGCACGAGGAUGUGGAGACGGACAGCGGCAUCGAGAACACACUCACCGAGGGAGACGACCACCGUAACAGGUUCUCUCUGGGGGCAGAUCUGCAUGGCCACGCCCUGUCAGCCGUGAUUGGCGGGGAGGAGGAGCACUUUGAGGACUUUGGGGAGAGCAACACCUCCGACCUGCUGUUGGCCAAUCACGAGGAGGGGAGACCGGGGCCUGAGGGGGCGGGAGACCCUGAGCCACACCUUCACCCUGGAAGCCCCAACCGCUGCCCUCAAGUCCUGUCACCCAGCGGUGGCGACAUGCCGGCGAGCCUUCAGGCUCUGCUGCAGUCGGAGGCGCUGGACUUCUUCUGCAGCCACUGCCACAAGCAGAUCAGCAGGCUGGAGGACCUCUCCACCCGCCUGCACUUGCUCGAGAUGAAUAGCUCCGGCAAGAGGCUGUCCAGCAAAAAAGCAGCGAGGCUACUCCAGAACAGUGCUCUGGGUCUAGAGGGUAUGGGAGACCUGGGCCAUGGCAUACUGGACCUCUCAGACACAGACAUCACUGACAAGGUGCUGCUGUUGGAGCGGCGUGUGUGUGAGUUGGAGCAGGACUCUGCUCUGAGCGAGGAGCAGCAUUGCCGUCUGCGGCAGGAGAACCUGACACUGGUGCACCGGGCCAAUGCUCUGGAGGAGCAGCUCAAGGAGCAGGAGGUGCGCUCCGACGAAACGCUGCACAUGCACACACGCAAGCACCGCGAUGCCCUGGCCAAGCUGCAGCGCGACAGGGACCUGGAGAUCGAGAACCUCCAGGCCAGAUUGAAUCAGCUGGAUGAGGAGAACAGUGAACUGAGGUCGUGUGUUCCCUGUCUAAAAGCAAACAUUGAGCGACUGGAAGAGGAGAAGCGUAAGCUGCAGGAUGAGGUGGAGGACAUGACCGAGCGGCUGAAUGAAGAGAUGGACUCUCGCAGGAAAAUGGCGGACAAACUAAGCCACGAGCGCCAUAACAACCAGAAGGAGAAGGAGUCGAUGCAGGAGCUGAUUGAGGACUUGCGUAAGCAGCUGGAGCACCUGCAGCUCUUCAAGCUGGAGAUGGAGGCUAAGAGAGGUCGCUCGCCUAGCGCCGGUCUCCAGGAGUACAACACACGCACGCGAGAGCACGAGCUGGAGCAGGAGAUCCGCAGACUCAAACAGGAUAACCGCGGUCUGAAGGAGCAGAAUGAUGAGCUGAACGGACAGAUUAUUAACCUGAGCAUCCAGGGAGCCAAGAGCCUGGUAGCUGAGUCCUUCUCUGACUCACUUGCUGCUGAGAUCAACUCGGUGUCUCGCGGCGAGUUGAUGGAGGCCAUCCACAAGCAGAAGGAGAUCAACUUCAGACUACAGGAUUACAUCGACCGCAUCAUCGUUGCUAUCAUGGAGUGCAACCCCUCUAUCCUGGAAGUCAAGUAGACAUCCUGGCAGCGCCCGUAGCAACGCCCCCCCCUGGAGACGCCUAGAGCAUACUGGUUUCACUGGACGAGUACACACAGAGAUUAAAACUAUGGAGAUGGAUGAGCCUCAACAUUAUCGCCCAUAUUACUGAAGACGAGUGUUAACUGUCAAAGCCAUCAUGUGCGCUUGCGUGCGUGUGUCUGUGUGCAUGUAUGUGUGAGACUGAAUGCUGGUUCCUGUGACGUCCCUUUUUUUUGGGAUGAGGGGCCUUCGUUUCCUCUCUCUCACAUUCUGUAUGUCUGGGUGAGUGUGUCUUGUGAUUGUGCCUUGCAUGGAAGUGCAAUACAUCCAUAUUAUUUUAUUAAUAGACCCCGUUCAUCACUCUACUGGUGGCACUGGCUGAUAUUUAGAUUUCCCGAUAUAUCCCAUAUGAAGCCUUCAAGUAGUGUUGUGCGUGACCUUCAGAGGAUCUGUCUGUCACACUCACACACAGUUGUCAGUGCUGAGAAUACAAGUGUCUUUAUCAGUCACACAUAUCCACGCACACCCUCUUUUCUGUUUGCAGUGUUAAUGUUAAUCCCAGUUAAAUCAGUCACGCCGUUUCACCCACGUGAGGGACCCUGUAGGGGAGAGAGAGGUCCUGAGGGUUAAGGGUUGUGAGAAUGCUUGUGUUUGUUUGGUUGGUUGUCUUUGAAGGGGAUUCCGGAUGAUGACAUAAUCUUUCAAAACGGAUCGCCUGUCAUUAUGUCAUGUUCAUGCACUGGUCUUCAUGUUCUGAUUUUUUUAAAUAUAUAUAUAUAUUUAUUUAUUACAAUGAAGCGGAAUUCAAGUGAUCAAACUAAUGGCAAACCAACAGCACACCUAGCCAACCCACCGGGAGACUGCUUCAAUGCUGUUGCAUAGACAAAAGCAAAGGCUUGUGGGUAGUGUAGUUGCAAUCCUGCGUAGUUCCGCUGAGUGAAAGGAAGUGAGGUCACUGACUGCACAGCUGUUGUAUGUUCAAACUCCGCCUGAGAGAAAAAACAAUGGUGCGCUAAAAUGAUGAUGAAGAGACUUACACAGAGACAGCAGUCACUCUCUGUUUUCAUUUCAUUUCUCUUGCUUUGUUGGAGAAGAUGGGAACAACAAGGACUCUUGAACUUUUCUCUGAAGAUGUGUGUAUAUUUGGAAAAUGAAGGAACGACACAACUCUGUGUCUAGAGGACUGUAGAUGUACAUAAACAUGCACACACACACACACACGCAUAGACAAAUGUGUGUGUUUGUUUGGGAAGUGGUCAGGGAAUCUGCUCUCAGCUCUGGAAAGCGCACAUCCCAACCAAAAGGCUCUGCACGCUCAACCUGACAUCCCACGUCCACCUGGCUCUCUCUGAAGCUGACUUCCAAAAGGCCUUGGUUAAAACUGACUUCUGCCUGUAAAAAUGUAUGUUUUCUAAAUGCUGACUGUACUGUAGGUAUUUUUUGUAGAAAAGUGAGGAGGAAUGGAAAAAAAGUUAUUAUUAUACAUUUUUUUUUGUUCAUUUUGUCUUCCUCUGGGAUGACAUUCCUGUGUGGCAUGUUCUCUACAGAAAGCUGCACAUGUGUCACAUACUUGGUGAUGACAUAUAACAUGUAGAUAUUUAUUCUUGGAACCAUGUGGCUUGCCCAAUCUAACCGCCAGUUUCAAAAGCCCUGGCUUUCCGUGCUCUGUUGCAGGCAGGCAGGAACAAUGAUGAGGGAAUGGCGGCCAGAUUUGUUCCUGUUUGGGAAUGCUGUUGUUCAGAAGAAGUCUCCUACUGGGAGUGCUCUUGUCCUGACAUCCUUUAGAUCACUGGUAGAGUUUUGCACUUCUGCACUCAUUGGGCCUACCCCCUUGCUCCUACCUAAAUGGUUUAAUCCUGAGCCCUUGAUUGGUUGGGCUGUGGAGGAUGAGUCCAUUCUGGCCUCAGGUUAGGGGUCUUGCAGAGGACCACAGGGUUAUACCUGAUGCACUUUAAUGGAGAAGAAGAAGAAAAAAAAAACAGGAAUCUUCAACAAGUCUGUUUCCAACCAAAGAGUGUGUGCAAAAGGCUCAAAGCCUGGUUCCUCACUCAGCUUUCUUGCUCUGACUGGAGUGUGUGUGUUUGUGAGUGCCUCUUCCACCACCUGAUGUUGAGUCAUUCUGAGCGUCUACACUCUCACACACACUCCAUAUUCUGUUCAGUUAUAAAUAUAUUGUGUAAAUAUGCGAAUAAAUGAACUGUCAUACUUUUGUGGACUCACACCUUCGCUUCCAAAGAUGCAAGUAAAGAGCUCACUACUGGAGAAAUCAACCUGCCACUCCAUAUACACAAACAAACAAAAAAAUAAACAAACAACAAACAAACAGCUAAAAAGCAAAUAUAAAACACAUAAUCUCAUUGUUAUGAAGGACUGAAUUGUAAAGUGAAGUUUAUUACCAUUGUGAAGGACACAUGUAUAAAGGCUAAGAUCAGUAUUGUAGAUGUAACACUUAUUGUUUGGGGAAUUAUAGAUUUUCAAGUAAAAUUCUGUAAAGAUGAUAUCCGAAAUAAAAAUAGAGAGAAAUAAAUCACAUUGAAAUACA